AUGUAUCACUACACGUCCGGUCGAUGGCUUUGGAAUGAGAAAGAACAGUUGUCCCGUCGCUAUGUCAAGUUCAAUCUGGCAGAGCUCGUCAAGAUCGCAACCCGCGCGACAGGGUCAAAGUCCUGCGUCGAAGUGCAGAAACUCCCAGAAGGAAAUUUCAGCAAAGUUUUCCUACUCACGAUGGAGGAUGGGAAGGAAGUGAUUGCAAAGCUCCCGAAUCCUAAUGCUGGACCGCAGUACUUUACCACAGCUAGUGAGGUGGCGACCAUGGACUACGUCCGGAAUGUUCUGAAUAUUCCAGCCCCAACGGUGUAUGCUUGGAGCCUUCCUACCGAAGAGAUUGGAGCCGAGUAUAGCAUUAUGGAGAAAAGCCGUGGGGUUGCACUUGGCAAGGUGUGGGAUGAUCUGCCGGGUCCUGAUAAACUUAAGAUUGUUCAUCGACUCGCUGGGUUUGAGAAGGCUCUCGUAUCCACCCGGUUUCCGAUGUAUGGAAGCAUAUAUUAUGCAGACAACCUACGCAAUAUCGACCCAGAUCAGGUGAUUGAGCUUGGAGAUAAGAAGAACACCGUGAGUGUGAAAUUUGCGGUUGAUCCAACCACGAAUCGAACGUUCUUUGAUGAUGGCAGAAAUUCUGUUAAUGUCCAGCGAGGACCCUGGGCAUCUCUUGAAGAUUAUGCUUUCGCUCGUGCCAACCGUGAACUUGCUUGUCUGCAGACCUUCUCGAAAUUCCCACGUCCACAAGGAUUAUUUUAUGGGCCAGGUCAAUACCAGCCCACCGCUCAACGAAAGCAAGAAACACUGCAAAAUUUCCUCAAGAUUGCCAAGUUUCUGUCGCCGAAAGACAAAGAGAUAUCUAAGCCUGUUCUGUGGCACCCCGAUCUACACGGAGACAACAUUUUCGUGAACCCGGAUCAGCCAACAGAGAUUAUUUCUAUUAUCGAUUGGCAGGCCGUGAAUUUGUCGCCUCUAUUUCUUCAGGCUCGCCAUCCAGCCCUGAUAGAAUUCGAGGGGCCCAUCCCUGAGGGAUUGAAGGCAAUCAGUCUGCCCGACAAUUUCAAUGAACUCAGUCCAGAAGAACAGCUCGAGGCGAAGAAGCUUCGUGCUGCCCAGUCUCUCUACAAACAUUAUGAUAUUCAGAUGAUCGAGGACUGCCCUGAGAUUGCAGCUGCUCUAAAGUUCAAAAAUUCGCUCGCUGGCCAAAUCAUGGGUCUUUCUGGCUCUCUCUUCAGCGAUGGGGAACCCAUUGUUCAGGGUAUGCUCAUAAGACUCCAGGAAGAAUGGGGGUCUCGUGUUGGGUCAUCCAUUCCCUGCCCACUCUCUUUCACCGAGGAGGAUAAGGAACAUCAAAAGGAGGACGAGACAAAGUGGGCUAGUGGUGUUGAACUAAUGGAGGAAUUCCUCGGUCAAGUCGGUGCAUUGGGACGGUUGGGUGAAUCACAAUAG